UCUUCGAGGAGGUGCUGCCACCUUAAGUACGAAAUUCUAACUAAAUGUUUUUAUAUUAAAAGUUACAUUUCGUAGAAUACACGCGUUAAUUCAAAUGAAAAUUGUUUACGAGUACUUUAUUGAUCAUUAAUUUAAAAUCCUGAAUGAAUGAUCAAUUGUACAGUGAUAUUCUUAUUUUCUACAUGAAUAGUUAAGUAAUAAUGAACAAUUUAAUCAGGUUACGUUUGUGUACAAAACAUUUGUGUGCUCGCCGUUUGUACUCGGCGAAACAUGUAGUGGAUGCAGAAAAUAGACAGUUGUACGAAGAUAUUUUUCCUGACAUUCAUUCAGACCGUAUAAAGAUAUUAUGGAAAAAACCUCCGCAAUGUGUCUAUGCAGGAUUCGAUCCGACUGCAGAAAGUUUGCAUAUAGGAAAUUUAUUAAUUCUCAUGAAUCUUUUACACUGGCAACGCCGUGGCCAUCAAGUAAUCGCGCUACUAGGAGGUGCAACUGGUUUGAUAGGUGACCCAAGUUUUAGAACAACGGAACGCAUUGAAAUGGAAGACAUCGUGCUUCAUGAAAAUGUAAAAUCCAUUAACAACGAUAUAAAGAACAUAUUCGAGAACCAUGAGAAAUACUUUUGCAAGAAUGUGCGCCGCAACUUGAUUCCUGUGAAGAUAUUAAACAACUUAGAGUGGUACAACAACAUAAGUCCAGUUUCAUUUAUCAGAGAAAUUGGAAAAUAUUUUAAAAUGGGUACAAUGUUAGGUCGUACCUCUGUACAGUCUAGAUUGCAAUCUGAUAAUGGAAUGAGUUUUACAGAGUUCAGCUAUCCUUUGUUCCAGGCAUAUGACUGGUUGCAUUUGUACCGUACGUAUAAUUGCAAAUUUCAAAUAGGUGGUCACGAUCAGAUGGGAAACAUAAUGUCCGGCUAUGAUUUAAUCGCCAAGUAUAUCAAUAAAGAAGUCUAUGGUUUAAUGUUACCACUUAUCACGACUAAAGAUGGACAGAAAUUUGGAAAGUCUGUUGGCAAUGCGAUUUGGCUUUCACCAUCAAAAUCCUCCAGUUUCCAACUGUAUCAGUUCUUCGUUAGAACAAAAGAUACAGAUGUGGAGGAGUUGCUUAAAUUGUUUACAUUUUUACCUUUGCAAAAUAUCCAGAAAAUUAUAGAAGAUCACUUGAAACAGCCAGAACUUAGAACGGCACAGAAAAUUCUUGCAGAGCAAGUUACACUGUUAGUCCAUGGAGACGAAGGAUUAUCAGCAGCAAAGAGGACAUCUAGUAUUUUGUAUGAGAACUCUUUCGAAUCUCUAUCAAAAUUAAAUGCAGAAGAACUAACACAAGUUAUAGAAGGAGCUACAAUAGUAAAUAUACUCGGCGAGCCUGGCAUUACCGUUUAUGAAUUAUCAAUGAAAGCAAAAUGUUUCAACACGGAAAAUGAUGCAAGAAGAAUUAUUCAAGCUGGUGGUCUUUACAUUAAUUAUCAGAGAAUUACAAAUACCGAAGAAGUCAUUGUACGAGGCAUACAUAUAAUGGAGAACAAUGUUACGUUAAUGAGGGUUGGAAAAAAGAAUUAUUAUAUUGUGAGAUGGAUGUAAAUAAAGUGAUAUUUUUCUAUGAUUUAUAGGUAAGAUUCGGUUUGCAAAUAUAAUAAAUAACUCGAAACAUUUCUUUCUUAAUGAAAAUACGUAGUCAUAUAUUUAACAAUUUAAAACUUAAGUGGUCUACAAUAAUAUUCUCGCGGUGCAAUUAAAUUAAAGAAUCUUCCGAUCUAAUGUAUUCUCCUAUGUCAGCCUGAUGGAAACACACUGUGGCCAUUGGAUCCGCGUACUUGCAAUCCAUUGUACUUUUCGCCGUUACUCCGAAACCCUAUGAUUACACAAAAAGACACAAUUUAUUUGAUUAGAAUUAAAGUCGCUUAAAAGUUUUAACAUUUUUCUUACCAAUGGAACAUCGCUUGUUGAAAAUAUAACUACUCCCUGAUAUUGAAACGUAUUUUCUGUUAUUCUA